CAUUUGUCCAUUUAAGCAGUACCACCAGAUUUGUUGAGUAUCUUUCCGUUCAGAGAGUUAUGAACAUUUGGAGACAGAAGAGAACAUUUGGGUUUAGAUGCUAAAAUACUUUGACAAGAGGAUGAGAGAGAGAGAGACGCCUCUACUAAAAAAAAGCUGAAAAUCUGUGACACUGAAGAAGAUGAAAAUGAUGAAGUCUGCCAUCCCAGAGAAAGAGGAAUAAGAUUUAUAGACAUUUCACUCAGAACUCUCAUCGAUAUCCAUCAUUAGCGCUAAACGCAAGAUUUCAGUCUUAUGCUCGCACAUCCAUCACGUCUGGGCUAAUUUGUAGUGAAUUUCUCUUGCCAUCAGUGUGAAGUGAGUAUAAUCGCAGUGACAGGCUCGCAUCUCUCUCUCUCUCGUCCUCCUCCUCCUCCGUUAUCCGCCGGUCACCCACACGAGCGCGAGCCCGACAGCAAGAGCGCGCGCACGGAGAUUACCGCGCGACUGAAGUCAAACCGGAGACAGCGGAGAGAUUAAUCUGCGAAAACUGCAAGAAAAGGUGAUUUAUGAGAACACGGCGCCGGUAAAAACGUGCUGAAGAUGGCCGUCAUCGGAGAAUAAAACAAGAAGAAAGACACGAGGAGCAAACAGAGCUCGAGUGACCGCCAAAAAAAGACAAGAGUUACUGGAAAACCUUCACAGCGCUGAUAUUUAGCCUACUUUUAUAAGGAUGCCCAUUCCGAAUCUGUGGUGCUGAGCGGAGCUUGUUGUCCUGCUGUUGAAGAUCAGACGGUAUGGGGACCAACCGAGCCAACAGGUACAGCAUCGUGUCUCCAGAUGAGGAGCGGCUGAAGAUCGCCACCCUCGGCCUACACAACGGCCACGGCUCCGCCCGCCUGCACUCGCCAGUCUCCCCCCGCCUGCUGUCUCCGAGCCCCGGGGCCUCUAGCACUGCAGUCACCGGCUCCGGCUUCAAUGGGAAGAUCUCCACGUCCGGCCGGAGCCAGCUCCGCAGCCGCUUCGUCAAGAAAAACGGCCAGUGCAACGUGGUGUUCGCCAACAUGGAGGACAAGCCUCGGCGCUACCUGGCAGACUUGUUCACCACCUGCGUGGACAUCCGCUGGCGCUACCUGAUGCUGGUCUUCUGCUCCACGUUCCUGCUGUCCUGGCUCCUGUUCGGCGUCAUCUUCUACAGCGUCUCUCUGCUUCACGGAGACUUCCAGAAAGAGCACGGAAAGCUCUGGAAACCGUGUUUGCUUCAUGUUGAAGGGUUCGUCGGGGCGUUUCUGUUCUCCAUCGAGACUCAGACUACGAUUGGCUACGGCUGGCGCUGCGUGACUGAGGAGUGUCCUGUAGCGAUAGUGACCGUAGUGGUGCAAUCGAUCGUCGGAUGCAUUAUUGACUCCUUCAUGAUUGGAACCAUCAUGGCUAAAAUGGCACGUCCAAAGAAGAGGAACCAAACCUUGAUGUUUUCCCAAAAUGCCGUGAUCGCGUUACGCGAUGGGAAGCUGUGUUUGAUGUGGCGCGUGGGGAACCUCCGGCGGAGCCACAUUGUAGAGGCGCAUGUGCGAGCGCAGCUCAUCCGGCCGUACGUAACAGCAGAGGGUGAGUUCAUCCCUCUGGAGCAGACGGAUCUGAACGUAGGCUACGAUGAUGGGACAGACCGCCUGUUCCUGGUGUCCCCACUUGUGAUCGUGCACGAGAUCGAUGAGGACUCUCCCCUGUGGGGAAUGAGCCGAGCAGAACUAGAGUCAGAUGAUUUCGAGAUCGUGGUGAUCCUGGAGGGAAUGGUGGAGGCGACAGCUAUGACCACACAGGCACGCAGCUCCUACCUGUCCCGCGAGAUCCUGUGGGGGCAUCGCUUCGAGCCUGUGAUCUUCGAGGACCACGACCGCUAUCAGGUCGACUACGCACAUUUUCAUAAAACCUACGAGGUUCCCUCGACACCCGGCUGCAGCGCUAAAGAGCUCCACGAGCUGACCCGCCGGCGGUCCUCGAACUCGUCUCGCUCUGGGACGCCGCAGACGCUGAUGCCGCCGCACUCGCCCAGCGCCUUCUGCUACGAGAAUGAAGUGGCUCUGUGCUGCGGGGAGGAGGACGAGGAGCCGCCGGAGGAUCAAAUAAACACCAUUCCCUCAGACUUCCAGAAAAUGCUCCAGGACUCGGCCGCCGUGAGCUCCGGCAGUAACAUGCUCUGCAUGUUAGACAUGGACAAUCAGAUCGAGUUCGACAUCCUCCACUCCACCAUACCACUCGACCCCAUGACAUAUAAGAGCGAAUCCGAGAUAUGACCAAUACGAAGAUAUUUGAUCAUGUGAAUGCAUUUGGAAAAAUAUAUACAUUUAUAUAUUACAUUAAUAACUUUCAUUAUCG